AUGCACAAAAACUCGUCCCUGCCGAUGGCACGGACAGUCCCUCCCAGCGCUGCAAUGCAUUCCGCCGAUGGCGCGGCGCCUCGGGAGGCGCGGCACCUCCCCAACCACCCAUUGCAGAUGAUAUUUUUCUACUUUGAUUUUAAGAAGGACCGAUUAGGUUUCGUUUCGUUUGAGAGGGGGAUCAAUCAAUCUUCAGAUGAUGGGUAAAUCCAAAGAUGAUCAAAAGCUCAAGAGCUCGUCUUCUUCUCCGCCAGAUGAAUCGAUGAGCAAAAGUCGUAGAUCUCAUAGCUCUUCCGAGCACCGUUCUCGUAAAGUAGGGUUCGACAAUUUUGUUGGCCAAAAUGGGCAGGAUCCGGCUAGACCGGAGAGUUGGCCCGUGGAGACGGAUAAUACCCCAUCUUAUCAGUUGACAGGAUCAAACUAUAUUUUUGAAGAUUACAAAAUUUCAGAUUUCGAAAUCUCAGAUGACGAAAUGUACACAACCGAGGAGACGAAAUUGUUGGCACACGUCUACAUCGACGUCUCAAAAGACCAAAGGGCUAAUUUCUGGUGGGACGUCGCCACAAACUACAACGAGUUCAUCCCGGUGGGGGCACAUUACCGUGAUGACGAUCAGCUGCGCGAACACUGGGCCCGAAUGCAGAAGGAUGUCUCCAAAUUCAUUGACAUCUUUACCAAUUGUCAGAAGAUGCAGGGUACCGGUCAUAGUUUGGAUGAUAUUCGCCAACAGGCUUAGGAUGCUUUCUUCAGCGACGAAGGAAGGAUGUUCGAGUAUGAGGAUGUCUGGGCGAUUAUGCGAAGCAAUCCCAAGAUUUUCAGCGGUUUUGAGACUUCUAGUGGCCCGAAGAGAGCCAGAGUCUCCACCUCCAAACAGGACGCUACGAGUGGUGCUAGCAUUGCACCUGCCGCACAAGACCCUCAACUCGAAGAGUACUCUGCCAGAAUGGAAAAGAUGGGUGGAAUCGAAUCCUCCUCGGGCUCCACCUCCAAACAAUUGAGAUCGCAAGCCAAACCCGACAAGGAUGAGGUCGCAAGCCAGCUUGCUGGAGCUCAUUGGAAAGGUUCCGACACCAGUGCGAGUGGGUCCAGAACCGGUUUGCGACGUCGUCCACCUGGGAGGAAGACGAUGAAAGCUAGCCGCAGACGAAGACAGACCCAAGCCCAAGCGGCCUCCCAAGCCCCACCUCCUCCUCCACCUCCAGAUCCGAAUGAUUUAUUCGGACUUUUGAACCAGCUACUCCAACGGGAUACUAGCCGAAUGACUCCAGAACAACUAGAUACGCAUUUCUGUAUGAUUAAAGGCCUCCGACGUCUAUUGGGCAAACCGGUCCAGCCGCCGCAGCCGUAGUAGUAGUUUUCAAUUUUUAAGAUCUGAAUAUGUACUGUAUCUUUUAAUAUUUAGAAUAUGCAAUUUUUAAUUUUAGAAUUUUAAUUAUGUAAGGUUUAAUUUUUAGGAAUUCGU